AGAAGAAGUAAGAAGAAGAGAGUGAAAUUCGCUAAAUCGGUGCAAUAUGAAUUAAAUGGCAUGUCAGCAGCAGCCGGAGCAGCAGCGAAAGCAGCAGCAGCGGACGCAGCAGCAGUAGCAGCAUCACCUUUAGAGCAGCACUAGCAGCCAUCCGUGUAUCCAGUUACUCCAAAUACUCCAAGGAGCAGCCAUGAACUCCAAGUCCGGCAGUGGCAGCAGCAACGACUCCAUGGCCAAUCCUCUUCACAUUCUGCAGCAGCAGCAGCAGCAACAGCAGCAGCAGCCUCAGGAGCGAUAUGUGUGGGAGAUGAGAACCCAUAGUCCGAACGUUACGCCCGCCAGCACGGUGCUGAACUCACCGGAUCUGAAUGCCGAUUUGCCGUACGCUCCGUUGCAGGGCCGUCAGUCGCCGAACGGCGGGGGCAUGGGCAUGGGCAGGCUGGAGUCCAGCCAGGACUCCUCUAAUAGCUACUACUACCAGCGACCUCAUCUCCACCAGAUCCGGGUGGGACGCAGUCCCGGCAGCGGCCAGUUCGAGGCCCAGGACCGAGCCAGUCCCGGCUCACCCACGGACGUGGGCAAGGCCGACGGCCAGUGUCUGCGCGAUGGCGAGAUCGUAGUCUUCGACGAUAUCGACACCAACUGGAUGAACAACAAGGCGGCGAGCGGCCAGCAUCCUGGCAGCAACGAGGACGUCCUCAAGGUGACCAAAAUGAUUGGCCAGCUGCCGAUAGCCGAGUACGAGGGAUCCCCGCGUCGUUUCGGCAGCCAGCCAUCGGCAGGACAGCGCAAACGUCCGCCCGGUUUCCCCCAGAGAGUCUCGCCCACAACCAGUUCCGGUGGCGGUGCGUCCACCCCUGCUGCGGCAACAGCUUCGGCCGCCACGGCGAAGGCCUCAAUGGGCAACCUUAUCGAUCUGAUAGAUCACGAGGAGGAGCGCUCAUCCACGACGGCGACGACGAUGCGUGAGAAGGCGCCCACAUUCGACUACCUGUACGAGUUCUCUGAGACGCGUAAGGUCCUGGAGGAGUUCUUCAAGGCCAAUCCGGAGGACGAGAAGCGGUUCACCGACUACACCACAGAGAGCGGCGACGAUGUGGCCAGUUCGCAACAAGAAUACCCAGUCACACCAAUGGAACAAGCCUACAUUGGCCAGCGGCUGGCCAGAAUACCCAAGGAUGAGCUCUAUAUGGUGCACAGAUCUCCAACCAGGAAGCAGGUGACCAAUGAACAGAACAAUGUUCAUCAAUCGGCACCACCAGCCUAUCAGGAACACAACGAUAUAGAGCUCUAUAUAGACUCCAAUAGCCGGAGCAGUGGUGAUCUGGCCGACACCGAACUGGAAGCCAAUAUGCGUCGGCAUUCUCGUAAUUUCACAUUGUCCCCGGAGACUACGGACUAUGAUUCCAAUUGCGGCGAUUUGGAUAGCUUGUCGAAUGACAUUAACUGUCCGACGGACUAUGGGAAGCUGUACACGAGCAUGCCGGUGCUGGAGGAUGGCCUGAGCAGUGGUCACGCCUCUGAUACGGAAAACAAUGUGUCUGCCUCGAAUGCCGUUUGCCAAUCCCAAUCCCAGUCCCAGUCCGUCCACGAGCACAAUGGAAACGAUAACGCCACUGGUGUAUCGGAGCAUCUGGAGAACGAGUAUAACAGUGCCAGUAUGGUGACAGUCGCGGCGACAGAUGCCACCCAGUCGGCGCUGAUAUGUGACUUUGCCACAUUGCCGAUGCCGGUGCCGCCACCCCUGCUACAGCCGUCCCCAUCGCCGCCGCCGCCUCACAUCGAGGUGGCUGAUAUGGGCGAUGGCUCGAACGGAGCACCAGAUGUCGACAGUCACUACGGUGCUGUUUAUGCGGCUGCAGCGGCGGUAGCAGACGACAAAUCCAGUGCAGUAGUGGGUGGUGGUGGAAGGCCAGCAGGGCUCUCGACUGGCACCAAAACGCAUCAGGCAGCCGCUGAAAUCCAAGAGGCCAUGAAGGAGAUCCGAUCCGCCCUGCAGCGGGCAAAAACCCAACCGGAGAAGCAAAAAUUCUGUGACGAAAUCAUACCCACAGAUCCGGAUUCUCCUGUUUGGGUGCCGCGCAAGGGGGCCGCUGUGCCGGUGGCAGCCUCCACGGAGGAGGAGCUGGACACUGAUCUGGAGACGGAUCGGUUGCUGGGCCAGCAGCGACACGAUGACCAGGACUUCUUCGGCGAUCGGCCCCUGGCUGAUAGCAAUGCGAACGAGGGAUCUGAACUGGCCGGCACUGGCCACUUGAACGGCUCGGCGGACAACAACAACCCCAACCCGCUGGCACAUCUACACAGCAAGCCGCCGGCCUACUCCACCUCCACCAUUCGACAGGGCAUCGGGACCUCCUUGACUCCCAACUCGCCCGAUAUUUGCCAGAUUGUGGGCACGGCGGACAUUUUGCUCGGCUCCCCGGAGAAGCUGCAGUACACCAAGAGUCCCACGGGAUCCAUUAAGUCCCUCAAGGAUUCGGCCAACUCGGACAAGAAGGCCAAGUCCAGAAACAAGGAGGGUCGACUUUGGGAACCCAAAGUCCUGAUCGAGGGCGUGUUGUUUCGGGCCAGAUAUCUCGGUUCCACUCAGCUGGUCUGCGAAGGCCAACCGACCAAGUCCACGCGAAUGAUGCAGGCCGAGGAGGCCGUUUCCCGCAUAAAGGCUUUGGCACCCGAAGGCGAGAGCCAGCCGAGCACCGAGGUAGACCUGUUCAUAUCAACCGAGAAGAUAAUGGUGCUCAAUACCGAUCUCAAGGAGAUCAUGAUGGACCACGCUCUGCGCACCAUAUCCUACAUAGCCGAUAUCGGGGAUCUGGUCGUGCUGAUGGCCCGACGACGUUUCGUGCCCAAUAGCGUAACGGAUCCGGCCCAGAUCAUACCGGCCGUCGUCCAGCCGGACGUCCAGGGCAGUCCGGGCGGAGAACCGGACGGCGAGUCGUCGUCAUCGCCGCCCAAGGAGCCACCGUCCAGCAACAGCAAGCACAAUCGAACACCCAAGAUGAUCUGCCACGUGUUCGAGAGCGACGAGGCCCAGUUCAUAGCCCAGUCGAUCGGCCAGGCCUUCCAGGUGGCCUACAUGGAGUUCCUCAAGGCCAAUGGCAUCGAGAACGAGAGCCUGGCCAAGGAGAUGGACUACCAAGAGGUGCUCAACAGCCAGGAGAUCUUUGGCGACGAGCUGGAGAUCUUCGCCAAGAAGGAGCUCCAAAAGGAGGUGGUCGUGCCCAAGGCCAAGGGCGAAAUCCUGGGCGUCGUCAUUGUGGAGUCCGGAUGGGGCUCAAUGCUGCCCACGGUGGUCAUUGCCAAUUUGAUGUCCAGCGGAGCGGCUGCCCGGUGCGGGCAACUGAAUAUCGGCGACCAGCUGAUCGCCAUCAAUGGCAUGAGCCUGGUGGGACUGCCGCUGUCCACGUGCCAGAGCUAUAUACGGAAUGCCAAGAACCAAACUGCCGUCAAGUUCACCGUUGUGCCCUGUCCGCCCGUUGUCGAGGUGAAAAUCCUGCGUCCCAAGGCCCUAUUUCAGUUGGGAUUCAGUGUCCAAAAUGGAGUGAUCUGCAGUCUGUUGCGUGGCGGAAUCGCCGAGAGGGGAGGAGUACGCGUUGGACAUCGCAUCAUUGAGAUUAAUAACCAGAGCGUGGUGGCUGUUCCACAUGACACCAUUGUGAAGCUCUUGUCAUCCUCAGUGGGGGAGAUCCUAAUGAAGACCAUGCCCACGUCCAUGUUCCGUUUGCUCACCGGCCAGGAGACGCCUAUUUACAUUUAAAAUUAAAAAAAAAAAAAACUAAAUAAUAAUACUUAAUGCUCAGACACACACACGACGGCACUGCUGCACCUCCUGAACCCUGAACUCUGAACUCUGAACUCAGUUUUUAAUCAAAACUGCCAGCGAAUUACUCAUUCAUGUUUGGUUUUUUUAAAAUAUUUUUUAAUUCUUUGGUUGCUUGGUUGUUUUUUAAUUUUAUUUUUUUCUGUAAAUGACUGAAAAAGACUGAAUUUCGAAGCAAGUGGGCAGGAGAGAGAGAGAGAGAGAGUCGGUGUGCUGCAGAGCAAGGAUUGUAAAAAGGAUACGUAUCCCCCCCCCAAACACACGCCCUUACCAAAUCAAGACAAUAGCUUAAGGAUUCAAUUGAAUUUAAAUUGCAAGCAAAUAUAAUAUUUAUGUAAAUUAAUUGUAAUUUAGUUUAUUAACUACAUUUAUAAUUUUCAAAAAUGAAAAAAGAAACGACCUUAUGCCAAAAAAAAAGAAUUAACUUUUAAGCGAUGCGAUUAGUUGCGUUGAGAUUUCGUUGA